CUAAAAGAAAAUCAGAAUCACUUUAUAGAACAUGGUACCAAAAGAGUGUUGAAUUAUCAAAAUAUGGAUCAGUUAAACUUUACAAGCUUUUGCAACAAGUAAAAAGUUAUCAUAAACAAUAUGAUAAUGUGAAAAAGCAAGCAAAAGAUGCUGAAAUACUUUAUCUUAGAUGUAAAAAUGUUCAAAAAAAAGCUGUUCCACCUAAAGAAAAACUCAUUAGUGUAGAAACUCUUCUACCUAAAGAAAAACUUGUCAAUAUAAAUUUAAAAACUCCUACUAAAUUGAAGUAA